AUGGUUCUUGGUGGAAUGUCGUCUCAGAAAACUUCGAAACGAAGUGUGAUUGAGGCUGAGGCUAUGCCCAUCAAACUGACCAAGAUGUCCUCAUGUGAUGAAUCCAAGCCCGGAUGCGAAUACUGUACCCUUCGCUCUCUUCCGUGUACAUAUCCCUCUGCGGCAUCCAGCCGUACUAGCUCGACGCCGUCCACUCCUCAAUUGCAUACCUCAUCUAUUCAGUCGCAAGCUCAUCCGCAAUCAUCACCCGGAUCGCAAGCCCAACUGCACCCUCUCGCUUCGAACGGACUCUGGUCGUUAGCAGACUUGGAGCUUUUACACUUCUAUACUGCAUCGACAUGUUUGACCUUCAGCAGUGACCCUAAACGCCAACAUGUCUGGCAGUAUGUGGCUCCCCAGAUCGCCUUCUCAAACGAAUUUCUUUUUCGUGGUCUUCUAGCUGUUGCAGCACUGCAUAUGUCAACGGUAUAUCCCCAUAGGAGGGAAAGCCUUCGACAAAGCGCAUCGACGCAUCACGCGGUCGCUCUACCCAUGUACAGAGAAGCAGUUGAGGAAAUGAACACGGUCAAUUGUCAUGCUUGCGCAGCUUUCGGGUCCAUUAUUGCCAUGUUUGAAUUGGCACAGUCCGAAGAAGUCGAUAACAUAUUCUUUCCCGGCGCCCCAGAUAGCUCGACAACAACCACGUCCGAAUGGAUUCAGCUACUUCGAGGGACCAGUCUUGUCAUAGCCGCUUAUUGGGAGGAGCUUCAACAGGGGCCGUUGGAAGCUGUGCUUGCUAUCGAUCUUAACGCUGAGCGUGAGGCAGAUUUAAAUCCCGUAGAGCCGUCGAAAUUCUCUGAACUGGAAGGGCUAUGGAAUACUGGGCUAGUUUCAGCUCGCGAGAGUGAAAUCGAUGCGUUGAGGGAAGCGCUCAAGUGGCUGGCAACUUCGUACACCAUGUUGUGUAAGCCGGCAGACAUGGAGCCUUCUGCCAUCGCAUUAUCUUGGCUCAUCCGAGUGCCUGAUCUUUUUCUAUCGAUGGUGAAUGGGAGGGAGCCCGCCGCCCUGAUAUUGUUAGCGCACUACUCACUGCUACUAAACAAGCUCAACGAUACCUGGUGGACACUCGGUAUGAGCAGGAGGCUUUUACGGGAGGUUCACAGAAGCCUAGCUGAGGAGUGGCGACCCUGGAUUGGCUGGCCACUUCAGGAGCUGGUCAGCAAUGAGUUUCGAACGUGA